AGAUAUUGCUUUUGUCUACUGUCUACUUUUCUCACCGUUCGCAGGGCGGCACGGUGGGGUGCGCUAUCCCCCGCCCCUCUCCCGGCUCCGCUCGCCGCUACCUUCGCGGACGGAGCUUUGCUCGGUCGGUGUGCCAUGCGCACAGGACGUUAUAGUCGUGCGGCAGUAGCUUGGACGUCGCUGUGACGUGAGCAAUGCGAGUGAUGCCGGAGUAGUUCUCCCCCGCGGAGGAGCUGGAUACGGAGUCAGUGCUGCUCGGGGCUCCUCUCCGAACGGAGGGAGGGGGACGGGAAGAGGGAGCGGACGGGGAGAGGGCUUGCAAGGUUGAACGCGGACGGAGGCGGAGGCGGCUUGUUUGGUAGGCGCAUCCAGCAGCAUCCAUCAGCAGCAUCAACGUGUGACAAAUAGACGAAGCCCAUUGUGGCGCGCCUGGUGGUUGUUCCUUACCGUGGCGCACCAAGUAGGUGGGCGCGGGAUUCGGUCCCCUUCCCCUUCACCUCGCCCACCUACCCCCGCCGGCUUGUGGGCGUUGCAGUCACGGCCACCGCCUGUCCUCCCUUUUCCUAUACUUAUUCUGCCGCGCUUACUCGCGCGGGGCGACCUGGAGGGUGGUGGUUUCCGCUGGCGGCGAUCGCGAAGGCACAGCUGUUACGCCCUUCUGUGUGCCAUUCCAUCGAGGGUCCGAAUCUGUUGGGGACGUGCGUCGAGUGCGCAGCGCGGAGCAAGACCCUCGCGCUCCAUUGUGGUUGGGGGAAGCGGAAACUGUUGCGCUUGGCGGCCCCGCUGGACAUCAGGUAGCAACCUGGAGUAAGGAAACGUGGGGAAAGUGUCGCGGGGGGGAAGAUAAGCUACUGGUAGUCGUUUGAACCCUGGAGGGAGCGGCGGCGGCGGCGGCGCGAGACGCGAACAUCGAAGAGGGAGAGAGACCUUUGGAAGAGUGAUCGGCCGAGAGAUAACGACCGACAAGGGUUGCGUGGGUGGGGAAGAGGAGGGUUAGGUGGGAGCGGGGAGGAGGAGGAGGCAAGGAGGAGAGAGAGACGGUGUAGCCGUAAGAGAGCUGAACAGGAUGGAUUCCCCACGCCGCUGCGGCGGCGGAAGGAAUAAUAGCAGGGUAGGCGUCAGUUGUACCCGAGGUCUGUCGUUGCUCCGCGUGUCGACUCUUCUCGUCUGUGUGGUCGCCGCUUUGUUCCCUGUCGCUCGCUGCUUUUAUCUUCCCGGCGUGGCGCCUCGCGACUACAAGAAGGGAGAGAAAGUGACGGUCAAAGUCAACAAGUUGAGCUCGACGAAGACGCAGCUCCCUUACGAGUACUACUCCGUUCCGUUUUGCAAGCCGGAUGCGAUCAAGAACAGCGCCGAGAACUUGGGCGAGAUUCUCGUCGGUGACCGCAUCGAGAACUCCAAGUACCUCUUCAGCGUGGGCGACGAACAGCAUUGCGUCGUCGUCUGCCGUAUUGCCUCGCUGAACAAGAAGCAGGUGAAGGCGUUCCGCGGCAAGAUCGAGGAUGACUACCGUGUGAACAUGAUCUUGGACAACCUUCCCGUGGCGAUGGUGAGGAAGAGUAAGAAGGACGGGGACGAGCGGAGCUACGAGCGCGGCUUCCCCGUGGGCACACACACCAAGGACGAUGACCGGUACAUUCUCGUCAAUCACUUGGAAUUCACGGUGUUGUUCCAUCUGGACCAAGCGACGGGUAACAGGCGCCUCGUGGGAUUCGAGGUCAUGCCGCGCAGUGUCAAGCAUGCGUACGAAACGUGGGACGACGAUGCCACCACUUUCAAGACUUGUAAUCCCGACAGCGGGGUGGGAGAGCUCAAGAUGCCGGCGCAGGAAGUGAAAGAGAACGAGGAAGUCGUCUUCACGUACGACAUCAAGUGGCAGCAAAGCAAUAUUAAGUGGGCCUCUAGGUGGGACACGUACCUGCACAUGAGCGACGACCAGAUUCAUUGGUUUUCCAUCGUGAACUCGUUGAUGAUCGUCCUAUUCCUGUCCGGUAUGGUGGCUAUGAUCAUGAUGCGCACGCUGCAUCAGGACAUCACCAAGUACAAUCAGCUGGAGACUCAGGAGGAGGCACAGGAGGAGAGUGGGUGGAAACUCGUCCACGGCGAUGCCUUCCGCCCUCCCUCCCAUGCCAGUCUGCUGUCUGUGUACGUUGGCACGGGAGUGCAGUGCUUCGCCAUGACGCUCGUAACUAUGAUCUUCGCCGUCUUGGGCUUUUUGUCGCCUGCCAAUCGAGGCGGGCUUAUGACUGCUAUGCUGCUUCUGUGGGUCUUCAUGGGGGUUUUCGCUGGGUACGCUUCUUCUCGGCUGUACAAGGCUUUCAAGGGUACGGACUGGAAGAAGAACACGCUGAAGACCGCGUUCCUGUUCCCUGGCCUCGUUUUCUGCAUCUUCUUUUUAUUGAACUGUCUGAUUUGGGGCGAGAAGUCGUCCGGCGCCGUUCCUUUCUCCACUAUGUUUGCCCUCCUUUUCAUGUGGUUUGGCAUUUCCGUGCCCUUGGUCUUCAUCGGCAGUUACUUCGGAUUCAAGAGGCCGGCUAUCGAAGACCCGGUGAAGACGAACAAGAUCCCCCGCCAAAUUCCAGACCAGCUGUGGUACAUGAAACCCGCCUUCUCCGUGCUUAUUGGUGGUAUUCUGCCGUUCGGAGCUGUCUUCAUCGAGCUGUUCUUCAUCUUGAACUCCAUCUGGACCAACCAGUUCUAUUACAUCUUCGGCUUCCUCUUCUUGGUCUUCUUGAUUCUUAUCGUCACUUGCGCAGAGAUCACCAUCGUGCUCUGCUACUUCCAACUCUGCAGUGAGGACUACCAUUGGUGGUGGAGGGCGUACAUGACGUCCGGUGCUUCCGCACUUUACCUCUUCCUGUACUCUAUCUUCUACUUCUUCACGAAGCUGGAGAUCACCAAGUUCGUCUCAGGUGUUCUCUACUUCGGAUACAUGUUCAUUGCCUCCUACGCUUUCUUCGUCCUGACCGGAACCAUCGGCUUCUACGCGUGUCACUGGUUCGUGCGGAAGAUUUACGGCUCUGUCAAAAUCGAUUAGAUUGGCUUAAGUGAAGCAAUCUCAGAGGAUUGAAUGUGGAUGGGUGGGUAGGUGGACGUGACAAGUAGAUGAGGAGGGGGGAGGGUUGGGGGGGAUGAGACAGAGGUAGUGGAGGAGGAGGAUGAGUUUAUUAGUGAAAAGAAAAUGACGCGAUGACGAGUGUGUAGGGCUUUGAGAGGCGAAGAUGGCGUUGACAUGGUUUUGAACUCUCGUUAGUGCGUCUGUUUCUUUCUCUUGUUUAAUGAGAUCUCUGCUAGCCGUGUAGGGUGCGCGGGGGAGGGGGUAUAGGUGUGGAGAGACAUGGAACGGCCUCAGAAAUGGCUAGACGAGCUUGUGAGGGAGGGAGGAAUGUUUAAUUAGUGCAUCAGGAGGGUUGAACCGUGAAAGACCGCAGAAGGUCCUCCUCACAGUACCGGCUCGGAGUAGAGGGGGAGCAGUGUGGCGAAGGUAUGCGCAACCUUGUCCUUCGUAAGGAUAAGGAGGAAGAGGGAGCGUACGUGUCAGGCCAUGUGGAUGGAGUGACAGUUGAGGUUGAGAUGGUGUAAUUAACCUCUGUUUGUCAAACUAUGGUGUAUGUGGCGAGCAAUGCUUGGUACGUGAACGGUUACGAUGGUCAUGUGGCUACUUCUGUUUGUCAUAAAGCAUGGUGUAUAUGACGAGGAAUGAUUUGUAUUUCCACCAUGGCGGUGGUCGUGUGGCUGCGGCUCUUGGGCAGUGUGACGAGGGAUGUGGGCAGUGAGAGAUGGGGGGGGUGUGCGGUGAGUUGUGCAGUGGACGUCGACGGGUUAACGGAAGUACUGAGGGGCUGGUGAGUGAGAGAAAGGAGAUGGUUGGGGGGUAAAUGAGUAAAUUGAGUCAGAAAUGAAGUUAACAAUGGGGGAGAUGUUAGGUUAUCAAUUGUCAUGCACGACCUUUGUGCCGAACGGUCGUGUUGAGGUGGAGGAUCAGAUAUGAUAGAGAGAUGUCUCGGGCGAGAUAAACGAAAAAGGGAGCACGGGACGAUGACGGCUAUGGGAGGAGGAUUGCAAUCAGGGGGGGGGAUGUGGGUGCGGUGUAAGGUGGCGACAGAGUCACUAAGUGGACGUGUCCGACUGUGGAUGAAUGUGGGGGUUGUGGAAGGUCAGCCGAGAGGUGAAAUAAAGGAGAGCGCCACACAAGACUGCUCGACGGCGGGAGGUCUAGUUGGUUAUUUUAUCGAAUGACGUGUUCGAUUAUCAGUGAGAGACUUGUUUUGUGCUUUUGAACGGCUUUCUUAGUGAUCGUCAUUGUGCAAUCUGCGUAGGAGCUUUCGUUGGGCAAAAUGAACGCAUUUUGUUCUGUUUUUUCUUGUUCUUUUUGGGGCACCCCGACUCGAGAAUGGGAGGGACGGGCUUCCAGAAGAGAGAGAGAGAGAGAGAGAGAGAGAGAGAGAGAGGCGUAUUGUGUAUGUACGUGUCGGUUGUGUGGUCGGUCUCGCGGUCGUGCGUGGUUAAUUGACUUCCGCUCUUCACAACUGGGAUGGUGGCUACUCGCUGGAUUGCCAAAUAAAGAGAAGGGCUAUCUUUUGUUAUCGUCGCUCACGUCAUUUGGUAUUUGCUCCCCCCUAUUUCUAGGGUUUCCUGUUGUUCUCCCUCCUGUGGGUAUCAGUCCCAGCCGGGUUUCUCGGAUUUGUCCUUGCGCCUUGUUUUGCCUGAAAGGCUACUUGUUGUUCUGUUGUUGCAAAGUCGUAACUGCCUCUGUGUUUUCUUAUUAUCUCAACAAAUUGGAACGCAACGUACGCGCAGCAGAUGGUCUAGAACGACGAAGGUUUCGCUUCGUGUGACGACACUUGUCAACGUUGUGGUGCGCGGUGUUUUGUAAUUUCGUCUGCUGCUUUAUGGAGUAUAGGAGGGGGAAGGGGACUUGUUUCAUCCUGUGCUUUUCCAUUGAACUCCCCUUAACCCUAAAGUGGUCAUUUGAGGGUGGUAAUGAAGUCACCUCCUCACUUCUUCACCCGAAUACGUAUUGGGGGUACGUUUUUGGGGUACAACCGAAUGAAGUCACUGGAUUUGAGGUACAGCGACAUUAUAGUUGUAAUGGGGGUAUUGAAGUACAGGAAUAAUGACCCUAAGAAGGUAGGGAAAUGUCCACAGACAACGCGACAGUUGACGGACUUGUCAUGGGGAUUGAAGUGGGAUUCAAGUUUAUCAUGGGGAUGAAGUGGGCAUUGAAGUGGGUGGAACAACGUAGUGAAUGCAAAUCAAGAGACUGAAAGCGUGUUGAAGAGGAAGGUUGGCGGAGUAUAUAUCUAUACGUAACCGGGGAACAAAUCGGCGAGCUAGGUAUUACUUUGUUCCCCCGGGAGGGUCAAUAUCGCUGCAUCUCGACUAAAAUUUGCACUGAAGGCAGGUAUACGAUGAUGAUCAUACGUUCUAUUCGCGGGGAAGACAGUAAUCGGCGGACUAGGUAGACGAUGAAAACUUAAUAAGCAUGGUGCGAUUCAGAGAGGAGGGAGUGGAGGAUUAGACAAAGAGGCGAUUAGGAGAGGUGGUACCGAGCAUCUCUACUCAAUUGCAAAUUACAGCCGUCGACAUCGGCGAAUUCUUCCCCCUAGUUGACAAACUGUGAGGUUGUGUCGCUGGGUCUUGUGUUCUGCGACUCGUUCUUUUCGUCGUGUCGUUGGGUUGUGUUCUGCGACCUGUUCUUUUCGUCUUUCCGGGGUUAUGUAAUCGAUUUGCGACCUAUUUCCUAUUGCUGUCGUAUGGUUUCUCGUUGACGACACCUGCAGGUGAGGUCUCCUGUGGACCGUAGUGUCUCUGCCCAUAUUUAUGCUCGUGCGUGAGAGAGCCUUCGUGUGUGUGUGUGAAGGGGCACACACCCACACACGCACACACACGUACAGAUAGAUAGAUACACACGCACGCACACACACACAGAACGGCCGAUGCGACGUUGGAUUCGCAGGAAGAGAGAGAGAGAGAGAAAGAGGACGUUGGACUCGCGGGAAGCCGGCGUGUUCAUGAUGAAGUUAAUGAGAAAGCGUACCGUGAAUGGCCUGAGCCUGCAGCCACGAAUCUAAAUUCGACGCGUCUGUAUAUCAUGGGUGAUGCUCCUUGAGCACUUCAACGUUGAGUAAGCGUAUACAAGUAAAUGGUCCUUCGACUU